UACCUCCCUCUGCUGUUAUCAGCAAGAAGUUCCUCGACAAUGGGAAAUCAUGUACUUGCAGCUUCGAUUUCCAUGCUCUCGCUCCUGGUGAUGAUGGGAGAUGCGGACAGUAAAACAGACAGUUCCUUCAUGAUUGACUCCGACCCCAGCCGCUGUAUGAGGCAUCACUACGUCGACUCCAUCAGCCAUCCCCUCUACAAGUGUAGCUCGAAGAUGGUGCUGCUGGCUCGCUGCGAAGGGCGCUGCAGCCAGACGUCGCGCUCGGAGCCGAUGGUUUCUUUCAGCACCGUCCUGAAGCAGCCUUUCCGCUCCACCUGCCACUGCUGCCGGCCCCAGACCUCCAAGCUGAAGGCCAUGCGGUUGCGAUGCUCAGGGGGCAUGCGGCUCACUGCCACCUACCGCUACAUCCUCUCCUGCCACUGCGAGGAGUGCAACUCCUAGGGACGUACCUGCCACAGAAGAGAGGGGACUGGGAUGCUGCUGUUGGGGAGGGCUCCCAAGAAGUAAUCCAAGGUGAGGCCGACGCUCCCAGCGUACGAUUGCAGUGAGGACAGGACUAACCAGGCUGGAUUGGAUCUAAGAGCUAAAGUGUAAAAUAUCCUGGGGCCCUGGAUGGUGCCAGUACUGAAGUGU